CACACUCGCAAUCGGAGGAAGAGAAAGAUGCUGGACAUCAAUUUGUUCAGGGAGGAGAAGGGCAACAACCCCGAAAUCAUCCGGGAAUCUCAACGACGCCGUUUCAAAGGCGUUGAGAUCGUCGACGAGGUCAUCCAGCUCGACAAAGAAUGGCGCCAGCGUCAAUUCGAGCUCGAAAGCCUUCGGAAAGAGUUCAACAAGAUCAACAAACGAGUUGCUCAGCUCAGGAUUGCGGGAGAGGAUGCAACUGAGGUGAUAAAGGACACAGAGGACAAUAAGAGGUUGGCGGCAGAGAAAGAAGUUGAAGUGCGAGAAGCUUUAACACAGUUGAAUUCAAAAUUGGAAAUUGUUGGAAACCUUGUGCAUGAUUCAGUUCCCAUCAGCAAAGAUGAGGAGAAUAAUGCUGUGGUUAGAUCAUGGGGUGACAAACGAGUGGAGCCAAAACUUAAAAACCAUGUUGAGCUUGUUGAGCUUCUUGGGAUCGCAGACUUGAAGAAAGGCGCUGAAGUGGCGGGAGGUAGAGGUUUUUACCUGAAAGGUGCUGGUGUACGCCUUAAUCAAGCUCUGAUAAACUUCGGUCUUGAUUUUCUUGAGAAAAGAGGAUAUACAGAACUGCAGACCCCAUUUUUCAUGAGAAAAGAUAUCAUGGGAAAGUGCGCUCAAUUAGCCCAAUUUGAUGAGGAACUUUACAAGGUUACCGGUGAAGGUGAUGACAAAUAUCUGAUUGCUACAGCUGAACAGCCACUUUGUGCAUAUCAUCUAGAUGAUUGGAUCCAUCCAUCCCAGCUACCCUUAAGAUAUGCUGGAUACUCAUCCUGUUUCCGUAAAGAAGCUGGUUCACAUGGUCGAGAUACCUUGGGAAUUUUCAGGGUUCAUCAGUUCGAGAAAGUUGAACAAUUCUGUAUUACAAGCCCAAAUGGCAAUGACUCUUGGGAAAUGCAUGAGGAAAUGAUCAAAAACUCCGAGGAAUUUUAUCAAGCGUUAGGGCUCCCCUAUCAUAUUGUGUCCAUUGUUUCUGGUGCUUUGAAUGAUGCCGCAGCAAAGAAGUAUGAUCUGGAAGGAUGGUUUCCUGCAUCGCAGACAUAUAGAGAGCUGGUUUCUUGUUCAAACUGUACGGACUACCAGUCAAGAAAGUUAGAAAUUCGAUAUGGGCAGAAAAAGAGCAACGAGCAGACAAAGCAAUAUGUUCACUUAUUGAACUCGACUCUUACAGCGACUGAGAGAACUGUAUGCUGCAUUCUCGAGAACUACCAGACUGAAGAGGGUGUAAACGUACCAAAAGUUCUUCAACCUUUCAUGGGUGGAAAGGAAUUCCUACCGUUCAAGGCGAAACCGGCCCCUGAAGUCAAAGGGAAGAAAUCGAAGGCCUAAAAUUCGGUUCGCCAUCGCCACCAUGAUCAUUUGAAACAAGAUCGUCAGGAAUUCACAUCAACGUCGAUUCUCAAAGUGUUUGAAAAGCCGUUCUUCAACUUCGUCCGGGGAUUCGGUUUGAAAAAACUGACGAUGAUGUUGAAAUGAAGAAAUCAAAUUUCUUUCCCAGUCACUUUUCCCAUAAGCUGCAUUCAGUUUGCGCCCGCAUUGCAAAUUCUGCGUUGUACAGGAUAAAUCUUGAAAGUCUUUUGAAGCUUCUUUUCUUUUUAAUUUUAUUUUUUGUUGCUCAUCUACUUUCGUCAGUUGAUAUUUAAUUUCGAACUGUUAAAUAAUUGAGCUUUGAUUUCUGAUA